CUUUGUGAACAUUUACAGGAUAAUCCACGAUGCAGAACUCGUCUUGAUCAAUCCACCAUUCCAAUCCGACGACUCAUUGCGAAAACAAUGUCGUCUCUAUUCUUCGUUCUCAUCUUCACGCCCUUGCUGAGUGUCCAGAGUGCUCCAGCCGAAUACUCAACUCCAAUCAAACAAAGCGAGUCGUACGAUCUUUCCCAGUUCGACGAAGUCCACGACCAGAGGCAGAAUGGUACCGAAAACUAUCGAGUAAAUCUUGAGAAGAUCGUCAUGGUUUGGAGUCCUCCUGGGGGCCUUUUGACGGCGGCUUUGCUGGCCGACGCGGCGGCGAUUGAAGAAGCCGGAAGUUUGGAUGAGUUUCUCAAGCCAGAAAAGCCGGAGGAAGCUCUUGUUAUCAAGCCAGAAGCGACGUCGAAGAAGCCGGAAGGUAGUAACGAAGGAAGUAGUACCGCGGAGAGUACCGAAAGCACCACUACUACUGCUGUCGCCCGUAAAAGGAAACUGGGACUUCCGGGAUUUCUUAGGCCCUACUUGAGAAGACAUCACGUGCACGCGUAACCUACUCCCACUUAUUUAUAUUAUUUAUUUGUGUUGUGACUGUGUUUCAAAAAUAAUAAUAAAGUUGUUUAAAUUA